GCUUCUUGCUCUAUAAAUAGAGUGAGUUUUUCAAUAGGUUUUACAUACAACUUGAGUGAAUUGUCUAUAAUUUGUUUAAUUAAGAAAUUAGCAAGCAAACAGAUAUGGGUUCUCUUAUGGCAGGUUGGGAUUCUCCUGUUUCUGAUCCUCAAGCUAUGAAAUAUCGGAAAAAUAAGUCACUAACAAAGGAAGAGAUUGAAGCAUAUUGGAGAUCCAAGAAACAAAUAGAAGAAGAGCAUCAGAGAUAUAUUUCUAUGCUAUCACCUCAAAGCCAAAAACAGGCAAAUAUUAUAUUUGAGGAGGCAGCUAAAUUGGAGCAGGAAAGAUCAAACUCAGGGGAGUUUAUUGAUCUGGAAAGUGAAGAUAGUUUGGAUAAACUAAUCAAGAAAAAUGGAUGGUGGAUAAGUAGCAACUGGGCCCAUUUGAAUGAGCCACCAACGAGGACACCAGAAGGUGCAGCUUACAAAUACGUGUCACAAUUCCACGUUGCCAACAUGGCUGCUGGAUCUGAUAAUAAACCGGCCCAAACCGGAAUCAACGCUUGAUUGUUUGGCUUUAGACCGCUACUACUUUUCGUAGUUACUUUUUUUUUCUUUUUUUUCUGAUGACAAGCUAUUUUAAUUUUGCUAAUAGCUUGUAAAAGUUUGUGUCUGUAUGUAGUUUCUGGAGUUGAUUUUAAGGUGUUUGAGCUUGUUGUUUAGAAACAUACAACUUUCGUGUCGUUGUAACAUAUUUUCGCGUGCUAUAUACAAAGUUUAAUUGGGGAUUUUGCAUCUUA